UGAAUGUCUCACAUCCCUGUGACGUAUGGCGGGUAAUCACACCUGUAAUCUGGCAGAUAAAGUUAGCACACGAACAUUCGUUGUUUGAUGUUAAACUUCACAGAUGACGGACGCGCAAAUAACACGCAAAUAAAUGUGGAUUUAAGGAACUAAGUUAAUAUUGGAAUUAAUUCAAAAUGAAAAGUAAUACGGACGAUGUACAUAAAUUGACGGAGGCAAUUUACAAGAAUUUGAUAGAAAAUUUCAACUCCGGUGUUAGACAGAUACUGUUGACAGGCAAGGCUUAUUAUAAAGCAUUGCAAGCUGUGACAGUGACCGCACAGGCUUAUAAUGAAGCACUGGGGCGUGUUGGUUCAGCAGCAAAAAUAUGCAGAGGUGGUACUGAGGAAAUAGGAGAAGCCAUACUACAAAUUACUGAAGCUCAAAAAGAAAUCCAAAGCAGACAUGAAGAUAGCACUAAAGCGUUAUUCACAGAGCUCAUUUUACCAUUGGAGCAAAAGUUAGAAAAGGAUUUCAAGAAAGCCCAUUCGGAUGCAAGAAAGUACUCACAGGAACACAAAGUUGUAUUGUCACCCUACAACAAAGCUUGUGAAUCAUUAAAGAAAUUCAGGAAGAAAACAAAAAACAAACUGGUGUAUGACAAUGAGAAAGAAGCUCAGUAUAUGAGGACUUUAGGGAAGUGCCAAGAAAAAUUAGACAAGUACAGAAUACAAGGUUUAAAACUGGCAUUGCUUGAAGAGCGAAGAUGUCAUUGUUUUGUUUUACAACGAUUGUGUGCAAUUUCUCAGCUGAAAUUAGCCGGGCAUCGGCACGGAGUAGAUGUUUACUCACCACUACCAGAAUGGAGACAGAUGAGUUCAAAUCCUCAUGUUCUGCCUCCAUCAGCAGACCAACUUCUCAUGGAAUAUAUGGACGAGCCAUAUGAACCAAUGAAUGGUGGCCCUGGUUACCAUAGCAAUGGAUUUCUUCUUAGAGAUGGUCAGGAAACGCAGUCAUUGUCACUAAACAACGAGUUUAGAAGGUCAAAGAGUACACAUGAUUUGUACAGACAGUCAAAUCAUUUUGAUGGAAGCCAGACAUUGCCACCUAGGACAGCAGCUCCAUUGCCCCCACGAAGCCAAGUACAGGCUAUGUACACUUUCACUGCCAGUGUGGACAACCAGUUAAGUUUUAUGGAUGGAGAUUUGAUUACCAUCAUGGGAGAGAACUCUGAUGGUUGGCAAUAUGGGCAAAACAGCAACUCGCAAAAACUGGGUUGGUUUCCUCUAUCCUUCACACAGCCUGUAGUUAAUACUGGUCAAGAUAGUCCGGAAUUUAAAUUGAGCCCUAACCAGCGGUAUAAGAGUAUGGGUGAUUUACUGGACAGUCGAUCAUUGUCGGAGUACACACACCAGUAUGAACAUGAUGUUCCUGGAAACAUUAGACGACCCAAGUCUCUGUAUGAGGGACCACAUCAUGGUACAUCAGCACCACAGGCAGGUGGACCCCUGGUCCCUGUUAACACAACUUACAACCCAGCCCCUGUCCACACACAUUAUCCCGCCCCCUCCCUGUCACAGCCAGACUGUGACAACAUCUACCAACCAAUUCCUGUUCCCAUCGACAACACACAGCAGCUGCACAGCCUAUAUACAGGGAGAGAAAUGUCUCCGCACCACACUUCCUCUAUCUACACCUCAAAUGGGAGACCAAUGCAGAACUCGCAUCAGAGUGCUGCCAUCAGCUACAGCCCACAGGUUUCCCCACCCCUCCCUCCACCCCCAUCUCCACCAAGGCUAUCAAGCCAGCACACUACCCCACACCACAACCCAUACACAACAUCAUCACAGAUGCAGUCUAGAUCCAGCACCCUCCCUGCCCAAACCACAAGUUUACGAAGUAUGACAGGAUUACCCCCGCCUCCUGCUCCAGUAUCUCCGCCCCCUGCCCCUCCUCCACCACCACCCCCUCCAGCUGUCAUAACCAAACAAAGUGUACCACCGCCCCCAUCAGUACCAGCACCUGGUACACCGGGGCAUAAGCAAUCAACAUAUGUUUCAUCUGCGUCAAUUUAUUCCCAGCAGAAUGCACAGCUUGCAGGUAAUCCUCACAUGACGGCACCAUCAAGGUUUGGAAGUCCGGCAAGACAACAGCCCAGUCAACCACCCCCACCCCCACCCACCUCAAACAGGUCUGAUCUACAUGAUGCAGAAAUCGAAGAAAAUGUCAAUUACCGUAGUAACCCGAUGUUUGCUUCAGUUUCACUUCGGCAAACUAAAACUAAUGACAGAUCAGCACCAAAGCUUUAAAGAUGACUACAAAAAGUGCUACACAGACUUAAGUAUUGAUUUAAAACUAAGAGACAGGGGGAAAGAAUGAGAUAGAGAAAGCUAUUAAUUAUGGGUAUUGUUUAAGUUUGAUACAUUUGUUGUAAUUACAGUUGACCAUACUUACAUCUUGAUGUUUGGAUGUGUUUUUUCAUGCAAGGUUUGAGCUAUUCUUUGUCCUUCAGAAUCAACUAUUCUCUAAUGCCAGAAAACAAUAUCUUUCAAUUAUUGUGAUUACCACCACACCAGUGUAUAUCAUAGUUUGUUGAGAUGUUAACUUACUUAUUCAUUUGUUCAUACAUUGUAUAUAUAAGCACUAAUGUUAUACCAUAUCUAUAAAGCAUUCCAUUAUUAUGUUAUAUAUAGUUCUGUUAUACUUGUUAUCAAGGAUGAACUAUCAGUUAUAUGCACACAAAUUUGUAAUAUUGUUAUCUCAGCACUUGUUAUAUAAGUGUGGAUUUGUUGGUCUAUUAUAAUUUAUAUAAACUUUUCUAUGUAAUACAUUAUUAGUAGUCAUCAAUUUAAGUGUAUAAAGCUAUAUAUAUGUGCUUCAAAACUUAUUAUUUUAAUUUUUUGAAAAAGAAUAAUUCCAAAAUACUUGUAUGAAAGAAAUACAGUAUGUUUGAAUAUCUCUUUAGAGCUGUUUAUGCACAUGUCUGAAAUCAUUGCUAAUCAGUUAAAAUCCUACUUACAACAGCAUAAUUAUACAAUGUAUUUUGUUUUGGAACAUUUUAUUUUAUUUACAUACACUAUCUAUAUAUGUUAAAUAACAGAGACAUUCUAUGUUACAACUCUUGGGAGAAUCAACCAUAACAUUAUCAAAACAUAAUUUUCCUGUUACUAGAUUUUAUAAAAAAAAAUAAGAUAUAGCUUUAUACCCAUUAAAGCUCUGUUGAGUAUCUUUAAUCAUAUCUGAUUAAAUUGAACCAAUGUGAAAAUAUUUUUUAAUAAUUUUAAUAAAUCACAUAAUUUGAGAUAACAAUUAAAAAUGACCGUGUUAUCCAUUUUCCUGAUUAAUCAUAACAAAUGCAAAGUACUGGUAGAAUAAUAUCAUGUGUCUCUUACUUUUUAUUAUUUGAAUAAAAUGGCCCAUACUUAUUUUAAUGUCAGUCUUGAAGUAAAGUUUGUUUAGGCUAUUUCUAAUUACAUAAUUCUAGCUAAUUUGUGAAAUAAAGUUUGAAUAUAGAACUGUUCAAUGUGAGUUUGAGAGUUUCCAAUAAUAAUAUUAUCAGUCUAUAAUACAGUUUGGUUUUUAGCUUGUAAGGCUGUGUAGAUUUGUAGGCUGCUGGUCAGACUCUAUACAUGUAACUCUGACACUUUAAAAUAUGUAAAUUCUUUUGACUUAUCUCCCUUGGUACUGGGAGCUAUGGGAGAGUGAAAUACCAUUUUAAGUACAAUUAAUGUAUUAAAGGGACGCAAACAACUGUUAUCAAUAUAUAUAUAGAAAUCACCUCCCUUGUUUAAUGAAUUAGGUUAUAAAGUCUUAUGUUAAAUAUUUUAUAGCCCAAACAUUGUAAAACAUUGGGAUGAUUAAAGUUUGUUGCUUAUUGGGUGUGUGCAGUCUUCAAAUUUAGCAUGGAGCAUAAUCAUGGCCAGUACAUGACACUUAUUGAAGUCAGUAGGUCAAGGUCACAGUGAAACAGAGUGUAAAAUCUUUAUCUGCACAAUUACUUGAGAAGAUUGAUGACACAUGCCCUUUUGAUUUUUAUGUCAUGUGGUCAAAGUUCAAGGUCAAAGUUACACUUAGUGGAAAAUACUUGAUUACUUGAGAAGGUAUAUAGCCUAGAUUUCUGAAAUUUGGUAUGAACAUUGCCCAUGGCCUGAUGACCCUUGUUGAUUUUAUGGUCAGUAGGUCAACGUCACACUGACAUUUUGUGUAAAAACCUUGUCUGUUCAAUACAUUGAGAAGUAUUGAGGUUGAAGCUUGAUAGGGACAUUGCCCAUGGCCAGUAGAUCACCACAAUUUAUCUUGUGGUCAGUGAUUCAAAGGUCAAGGUCAUAGUAAAACUUUGUGUUAAAUCCUUGCCCACUCAUUCAAAUCCAUGCAAUAACUUGAGAAGAAAUAAGACUAGAUUUGUGACACUUGGUAGGGACAUUGCCCAUGGCCAGUAGAUGACUCCUUCUUAAUAUUAUUCAAAGGUCAAGGUCAAGAGACACUUAGCGUAAAAUCCUUGUUUUAUUAGUAAAUUGUUCUGUUUGUUUUCUUUUCAUGACAUCUAAACAUUAAUAAUACUUAAUUAUAAUGAGGCUCUUGUUUACUAUUAUGAAGUGUUUAGCUUUAACUCUUUGUUUAUUUUAAGAAAAUUUUUGCUUUUAAAAUACCUAUGUUUGCAGUUUUAUUAUUAUGUAUAUAUUGAAACCAUACAACUUUGUGUUCUGUGGUAUACAUAUACUUGAUAUGUUUUAUGUUUUGGCCUUAUUUCACAUGAUUUAUCUGAAACAAUGAAACCAGGAUGACAAAAUAUGGAAAGUUCAACUUUAUUUAUAGGCUUGAUAUCAUUUUUUUUUCUUAGACUUUUAAACAGUUUGUUUUUAUGGUGACUUGAGAGGUACAUGAUAUUAAUGAUCAACGCAGAAUGAUCCAGGCAUGAAUAUGAAGGUGAAAUGAAAAUUUAAGACAAAAUUUAAUUCUAAGUAUAUUUAUAUUGGUUUGUGUUUCUGCUUGUUAAUUUGUGACAUUAUUAGUCUAUAGUUGAGUCAACACAAACACACAAUGUUUUAUAAUGUUUUCGCAGUGUGUUUACUUUUAAUGAGUAUUUUGUCAAACAUCAUUUGUGUUUAUAGGUAAAAAAAAACAACUAAAAAACUCAACUCAAAUCAUCUUUCAUAUAAAAAACAAUUAUAGCAUAUAUAUAAUGAUAGAUGGCACAAAGUUGGAUAACAAGACCACCAUUUUGGUUAUAUAUAUAUAUGUGUGUCUUUGCUGUAUUAUUGCAAAUAGAGAGUGAUAGUAAUUCAAACUAAGAUAGUCUGUGAGAAGACACCUGUUACUAUAAUUUAACCAACAUGUUUCAACUUCACUUGUUUAUUCAAGAUCAAACUUUUCAUAGAGGAUAUUCAAACCAAGACUGGUCAACACUUGACCACAUUUGUGACCAAUUAACCUAAUUUAUUGAAACAUAUUUUUAUAUAUUUUUUGUGAAUAUUUGCACUUUGCUCCCAUCCCCACAGGGACAUAGUGAAGAGCAUUUAUUAAGAAAAAGUUAAUUAAAGGCAAUAUAGGAAACUUACUGUGUUACCUAUUCCUAUAGAUUCUUCUCAUACCAUAAAUGAUUCUUAUCACAUACCCGUGCCGAUUUUGCGACUCGUAAGAACGGUAUUGCACGGCUAUAUAUUUUGACGUGACGUCAUUUGCGUUACACAAACAUAGUGUAAAGACGCGCUACAGUAAAAUUUUGUAAGCGUUACACACUACAAAUAUAAAUGGAAUAUGUUACUUUUUCACUUUUAACAGUUUUUCUUUUGGGUAUGUGAUAAAUAGAAUAUUAAAUUCGUGCAAGUUUAAUACAAAAAUUAUUGAACUCGUCGAAGAAAAGAAUAUUAUGCUCGCCAGAGGCUGGCAUGAUAUAAUUUAAUAAAUUCAGUAUUAAACUUACACUCAUUCAAUGUCCUCUAUAUCCUGUGCACUGAUUAUUAGUAAGACUAUUCUUUAUUUGAAAUGGUAUUCCAUAUCCUGCAAAAUAUUCUUUUCAAAAAUAAUAACCAUUGUGUUGACAUUAAUAAAGUGUGUGACUACAUGUGACGUCUCUGGACAAUGUUCCAUUGUACUGGAAACAUGUGGCAAAUGACGUAAUUUCCCAUUAUCAAUACAUCUAUAUUAUACAUCUGAUGAUCGUGACAAAAUAUGCCAAUUUGAAUGAAUUGUAAUUUAACAAUGUUUCGUUUGUUUUAACUUCCAGUUCAAAAACGCAUUUUUAUCAAUUCAUAAGAGACAGGGAAAACUAAAUAUGUUCCUGGACAUCUUAUAGUUUAUCGGCAUGUUUUCAACAUGGGAGACUGAAAAUCUAUUAGGGGGACCGUAUUAGUUAAUGUGAUCUUAAGUGAAUAUAAUUAUAUGCCAAAUAAUAAAGUUCUUAUACCGUGUAUAUUUACAAAAAUUCAACCCAUUAAGCUGCCCUUGAUUAUCUCCAUCUACUUACGUAACAUUAUUCAUGGUGCUAAAGUUUAAUUGUUAUGUACAAAGUUUUACGUAUGUGUGUGGAUUCGGGUACUUGUUUCAUUACACAAAACCGUUAUAAUUUCUUACAUUGUAUUUAAGUAUAUAUUGUUGAAAUAAAAGAUUACAUAGAAGA